AUGUCGGAUAUUCCCAUUGAUUUCACCGAGUUGGUUCAGUUGACACAGUUGGGUAUAUCACCCUCCUCGUUGGACUUCAAAUCGACUACUUUGGAGUCCGACCGUUAUAUAUGCUGUCGUGAACAAGGUUCUCAGGGUAAUACGGUUGCUAUUGUUGACUUGAAGAAUAAUAAUGAGGUUACUAGAAAAAAUAUGACCGCUGAUAAUGCUAUAAUGCACCCGACAGAGAACAUAAUCAGUUUGAGAGCCAACGGCACAACAUUGCAGAUUUUCAAUUUGGGCACUAAGCAGAGAUUGAAGGCUCAUACUAUGCAAGAGCCAGUAGUUUUUUGGAAAUGGCUCGAUAACCAGCAUUUGGGUCUUGUGACUCAAGCGCUGAUUUAUCUCUGGAACGUGUUCGACGGUAGCAAUGAUGGUCCCAUAAAGCUCACUGAUCGCCACCAUUCUUUGAACAAUGCUCAGAUUAUCAAUUUUGUUGCUGAGCCAACAGAAUUGAAUUGGUUUGCUAUAACCGGGAUUGCUCAAGAAGAUGGUAGAAUUGCUGGGCAUAUACAGUUGUACUCAAGAUCAAGAAACGUAUCUCAAGCUAUUGAAGGUCACGUUUGUAAAUUUGCUUCAUUGACUUUGACUGGCGCAUCACAACCUACCAAGGUAUUCUGCGUUGGUAACAAAAACGCCCAGGGACAAGGAAAUAUGCACAUUAUUGAAAUUGACCACGUUGAAGGAAAUCCCUCAUUUCAAAAGAAAGUCGUUGAUAUUUUUUUCCCGCCAGAUGCAUCAAAUGAUUUUCCAAUAAGUUUACAGGCAUCAAACAGAUAUGGAAUCGUUUAUAUCUUGACCAAAUAUGGGUUCAUUCAUUUAUAUGACAUGGAGUCGGGCUUUAACCUAUUUGUUAAUCGAAUCACUGCUGAUCCCGUCUUCACCGCCACUAGUUAUAAUAAUGGUACCGGUAUUUUGACCGUUAACAAGUCCGGCCAGGUUUUGAGCGUUGAAGUAUCAAGAGAAAAAAUUAUCCCCUAUGUGUUGGAAAAAUUGGCCAACGUACAAUUGGCUUUAAGUUUAUCGUCUCGUGGCGGGUUCCCUGGAGCGGAAAAUUUAUUCAAUCAACAAUUUCAAAAUUACUUGAAUCAGGGGGAUUAUACUAAUGCCGCUAAAAUAGCCGCAUCCCUGGAACAAUUGAGAACUCAGGAUACUAUUAACAAGUUGAAACACAUCACUCCACAACCAGGGCAGAUAUCUCCAAUUUUACAAUAUUUUUCAACUUUAUUGGAUAGAGGAAACUUGAACAAGUACGAGUCUAUUGAAUUAGCCAAACCCGUAUUACAACAAGAUCGUAAACCAUUGUUUGAAAAAUGGUUGAAGGAGGAUAAAUUAACCUCGUCCGAAGAGUUGGGUGAUAUUGUCAAAUCUUAUGGUGAUGCUGCUUUGGCCUUGGCCGUGUACAUUAGAGCCAAUGUCAACGUCAAGGUUGUUUCUUGUCUAGCUGAAUUGGGACAAUUUGAUAAAAUUUUACCUUAUUGUGAAAAAGUUGGAUAUAUGCCGGAUUAUACCAGCUUGAUUCAAAACUUGGUUAGGGUUAACCCAGAUAAAGCUAGUGAAUUUGCUACAUCCUUGUUGAACUCUCCUGAAGUUAAAUUAAAUAUUGAACAAAUUGCAGAUUUAUUCUUUUCUCAAAACUAUAUCCAACAAGGUACCGCCUUUUUGUUAGAUGCUUUAAAAAAUGAUUUGCCAUCUGAAGGACACUUGCAAACAAAAGUAUUGGAAAUCAAUUUAUUGCAUGCACCACAAGUUGCUGAUGCAAUAUUAGGGAAUCAAAUGUUUAGCCACUAUGAUAAGCCAACAAUUGGGAAGUUAUGUGAGAAGUCAGGUUUGUUUCAAAGAGCCUUGGAGCAUUAUGACGACUUGAAGGAUAUAAAGCGGGUUAUUGUACAUACCAACGUCUUACCUAAUGACUGGCUAGUUUCCUAUUUUGGUCAGUUGAAUGUUGAUCAAUCUAUAGCUUGUCUUCGCGAAUUAUUGAGUCACAACAUGGCCCAGAAUUUGCAAGUUAUUAUACAAGUGGCUACAAAGUAUUGUGAUUUGAUUGGUGCUAUAAAAUUAAUCAAAUUGUUCGAGGAAUACAAGUGCAAUGAAGGGUUGUACUAUUUUUUGAGCUCCAUCGUCAACUUGACUCAAGAUCCUGAUGUCGUUUUCAAGUAUAUUCAAUCAGCAGCAAGAAUGGGACAGACCAAAGAAAUUGAAAGAGUUGUUAGAGAUAACAAUGUUUACAACGGAGAAAGAGUAAAGAACUUUUUGAAAGAAUUCAAAUUGGAUGAUCAAUUACCCUUGGUUAUUGUUUGUGAUCGAUUCAAUUUUGUCCAUGAUUUGAUUUUGUACUUGUACAAGAAUCAGUAUUUCAAAUUUAUUGAAGUUUAUGUUCAAUCAGUCAAUCCUUCUAAUACUCCUCAAGUUAUUGCUGGAUUGUUGGAUGUUGACUGUGACGAAAAUGUCAUUAAGAAUUUGUUAAUGUCUGUUCUUGGCCGUGUCCCAAUCAAGCCAUUAGUUGAAGAAGUUGAAAAAAGAAACAGAUUAAAGAUUUUGUUGCCAUAUUUGGAGAAAACAUUGGAAGGCGGAUCCAACGAUCAAGAAGUUUUCAAUACUUUAGCCAAAAUCUAUAUUGAUUCAAACAACUCACCAGAGAAAUUCUUGCAAGAAAAUAACAAUUAUGAUACUUUGGUAGUUGGUAAAUAUUGUGAGAAGAGAGACCCUUACUUGGCUUACAUCUCAUACUCCAAAGGUGGCAAUGAUGACGAGUUGAUCAAGAUUACAAAUGAAAACAAGAUGUACAAAUACCAAGCUCGAUAUUUGUUACAUAAAUCUGAUCUUGAUUUGUGGAAUAAGGUUUUCAGUUCAGAUAACAUUCACCGUAGACAAUUGAUUGAUCAAGUUAUAUCAACUGGUAUACCAGAAUUGGAUGACCCUGAACCAAUUUCAAUCACAGUUAAAGCGUUUAUGGAAAAUGAUCUUCCUGAAGAACUUAUGGAGUUAUUGGAAAAAAUCAUUUUAGAGCCAUCACCAUUUAGUGAAAAUGCUUCAUUGCAAGGCUUGAUGAUUCUUACAGCUAUCAAGGCUGAUCCAUCAAAGGUUUCCAACUAUAUUGAAAAAUUGGAUAAAUUUGAUCCUCACGAAAUAGCACCAUUGUGUAUUGAUAAUAAGUUAGCUGAGGAGGCAUUCCAAGUAUACGAUAAAUUCGAGUUGAGAUCAGAGGCUAUGAAGGUUUUGAUUGAAGAUAUCGUUUCCUUGGACAGAGCAGAACAAUAUGCUGAAAAAUACGAUACAUCUGAAUUAUGGUAUCAAUUGGGUACUGCUCAAUUGGACGGUUUACGUAUUCCUGAAGCUAUCGAGUCUUAUGUGAAAUCCAAGAACCCCGAGAACUUUGAACAAGUUAUCGAUAUUGCCGAACAUGCAGGUAAAGAGGAAGAGUUGUUACCAUUUUUAGAAAUGGCCAGAGAGACGUUGAGAGAGCCUGUUAUUGAUGGUGCCUUCAUUAAUGUUUAUGCUACAUUAGACAGACUAAGUGAUAUGGAGAAAUUUGUAGCAGGGUCCAAUGUUGCAGAUUUGGAAACUAUUGGAGAUAAGUUAUUCGAAGCUAAGAACUAUAAGGCAGCAAAGAUAUUGUUUGCAAAUGUUUCCAAGUAUUCCAAAUUGGCAACUACAUUGGUGUACUUGGAGGAUUUCCAAGGAGCAGUAGAUUGUGCAAGAAAAGCUUCGAAUAUUGAAGUUUGGAAACAAGUGAAUAAUGCAUGUAUUGAGAAUAAGGAAUUUAGAUUAGCACAAAUUUGUGGAUUGAAUUUGAUAAUUGAUGCUGAGGAAUUGCCUGAGUUGGUAAAGACUUAUGAAUACAACGGAUACUUUAAUGAAUUGAUUUCCUUGUUUGAGAGUGGAUUAGGUUUGGAAAGGGCUCAUAUGGGUAUGUUUACUGAGUUGGCUAUCUUGUAUUCCAAAUACAGCCCCGAGAAAGUUAUGGAACAUUUGAAAUUGUUUUGGUCAAGAAUCAAUAUCCCCAAGGUGUUGACUGCUUGCGAGGAUGCUCAUUUGUAUCCCGAGUUAAUAUUCCUUUAUUGCCACUAUGAAGAAUGGGAUAACGCCGCAUUAACUAUGAUUGAGAGAUCCGAGGUUGCUUUUGACCAUUCGUCCUUCAAGGAGAUUAUUGUUAAAGCACCCAAUUUGGAAAUUUAUUACAAGGCCAUUCAAUUUUAUUUAAAUGAGAAUCCAUCAUUAUUGGUUGAUUUGUUAGCAGUGCUUACUCCGAAAUUGGACUUGCCCAGAGUAGUAAGAAUGUUUGUAAAGAGUGACAAUUUGCCAAUGAUCAAGCCAUUCCUCAUUUCGGUAUUGGAAAAGAACAACUCCGUGGUCAAUUCCGCAUACCAUGAUUUACUUAUUGAAGAAGAAGACUACAAAUCUCUUAGAUCAUCGAUUGAAAAUGAAUCAAAUAACCGGUUUAACAAAUUGGAUCUUGCAGAACGGUUAGAAAAACACGAUUUGAUAUUCUUCAGACAAAUUGCCGCUACAUUAUACGCCAAAGAGAAGAAGUAUAACAAGGCCAUUUCGAUUCUUAAGGCAGAUAAAUUGUGGUCGGAUUUGCUUCGCACUGUUGCUAUUUCAAAAUCUUGCAAGAUUGCUCAUGAUAUUAUGGACUAUUUUGUAGAAACUGGUAACCACGAAUGCUUUGUUGCAUUAUUGUACACCUCAUAUGAAUUCAUUGCUAAUGAUUACGUUUUGGAAUUAUCAUGGUUGCAUAACUUGGCCAAUUUUAUAAAACCAUACGAAAUUUCAAUAGUCUACGAAAACCAAAAGAAGUUGAAUGAAGUGUAUGCUGAUUUGCAAAAGAGGCAGAGCAAUGAAAGAGGCGAUGAAGAUGGCGGCAACGGUAGUGGCGCUGCGCCAUUAAUGCUUACUAAUGGUCCUAUGGGUUUCCAAAACACUGGAUUCUCCAAUACUAGCACUAGCGUUUUAGGGUUCCAAUCAACUGGAGCAGGGUUUGGCAAUGCUUUUUAA